CGCCUAGGUGCAGAGCCUGUUAUCCUUGUCAGAACCGUUUAGCAGAUAGCUCGCCUAGGAGCAGAGCCUGCCAUCCUUGCAAAACCCGUUCGCAAAUAGCUCGCCUAGGAGCAAAGCCUGCUAUCCUUGUCUGCAACGCACAUUUACACGUGGCCGCACGCCUAGGAGCUGAGUUAGCCAUCAUGCCUCAUAAACGACGACGACGAGGACGCAAAAUUAGAGAAAAGAGAGCUCGUAUUGCCGCUAAACUCAGGAGACCGAGAAUUAUCUCUGACCAGACAGGAAUAUUCGUAUCAGGCGAGUAUAUAAAAAAAUUGCGCGCCACGACCAUUUUUCACAAAAUAUUAGAGAAUAAGGUUAUUGAAGUAAAACCUCCGGCCGAUGACAUUUAUUAUUUAGAGACGGUACUUAAUUCCCCACAGCUGGAGCGCGACUUUGAUUUUUGUUCGUUAAUUGAAGAAGCUACAGAAAAUAUAAUUCCUGCCGAAGUCCCAGAAUUAGACGCGCACACCGCCGCCGUCGAAAGUGAGUUGAAUUCCUCUUUUUGUGUUAAUAAUAAUGUAAGGUCUGCCGAGGACCACAUAGAAUUCAGCGAAACAUCGAAUAUCAUAAUAUCAGCUCUGUGUGAAUUAAUUGACACUUAAAUAAA